CGCGCUCGCACACACGCACGCACGCGCGCACACACACACAAACACACACUCUCACACACAUACACACGCGCACACACACACACAUACACACGCACAGACAUACACACAUACACACACGCACACACUCACAUUCACACACCAGACCUCUCUGGGUUUCUUUUGCCUUGAGUCUCCCGGGGCUGUGAGAAACCAGGCGCAUCUCAAACCAAGCUGGCAGCUCCAGGCUCCGAAGCCAUGCCCUGCACAAACGCUAGUCCUCACCAAGCUCCUGAGGAAUGAAAGCAACCCAGGAAUCCUCUGACCGCGGCGGCAGUGAUGUGGACCAACCCCCUGGAGCCCGCACCCUCCCGAGGGCCAUAGAGGACUCGGGGAACUGGAGAGAGCUCAAGACAGGAAAUCCCAGCUUUCCCAAAGUCCCCGUGGAUGCUGACAAAAGGAGAUCUGGAUUUUUGGAAGAGGCCGUCCUAGGUUACCCAGCUGCAGAGUGAUUCUCCCGUCUGUCACUGAAUCUACCCCUCCAACCCCCAGCCGUUCAGAGUACCAUGAAGAAUUAUGAGGAUGUGUGACAGAGGUAUCCAGAUGUUGAUCACCACCGUAGGAGCCUUCGCAGCUUUUAGUUUAAUGACCAUUGCAGUGGGCACGGACUACUGGCUAUAUUCCAGAGGUGUGUGCAGGACUAAAUCUACAAGUGACAAUGAAACCAGCAGGAAGAAUGAAGAAGUAAUGACCCACUCCGGGUUGUGGAGGACCUGCUGCUUGGAAGGAGCUUUCCGAGGCGUGUGCAAGAAAAUCGAUCACUUCCCGGAAGAUGCAGACUAUGAACAGGAUACAGCAGAAUAUCUUCUACGGGCUGUGAGGGCCUCCAGUGUCUUCCCCAUCCUCAGCGUCACUCUGCUGUUUUUCGGGGGACUCUGCGUGGCUGCCAGUGAGUUCCACCGCACCAGGCACAGUGUUAUCCUCAGCGCAGGCAUCUUCUUCGUCUCUGCAGGGCUAAGCAACAUCAUCGGCAUCAUAGUUUAUAUCUCAGCCAAUGCUGGAGACCCUGGGCAGAGGGACUCUAAAAAGAGCUACUCCUACGGCUGGUCCUUUUAUUUUGGAGCCUUCUCUUUCAUCAUCGCGGAAAUUGUGGGUGUGGUCGCCGUGCACAUCUAUAUUGAGAAGCAUCAGCAGUUGCGUGCCAGAUCCCAUUCAGAGCUCCUGAAGAAGUCUACAUUUGCGCGCCUACCGCCCUACCGGUAUAGAUUCCGAAGACGGUCAAGUUCUCGCUCCACUGAACCUAGAUCCCGAGACCUGUCUCCCAUCAGCAAAGGCUUCCACACCAUCCCUUCCACCGACAUCUCCAUGUUCACUCUCUCCCGGGACCCCUCUAAGCUUACCAUGGGGACCCUUCUCAACUCUGACCGGGACCAUGCUUUUCUACAGUUCCACAACUCCACACCCAAAGAGUUCAAAGAGUCGUUGCAUAACAAUCCGGCCAACAGACGUACCACGCCUGUCUGAGCUGACCUCUGACCUCUGCCCCGCCGCCCAGCACAGCCUUGGGGGAAGUGUACACAGAUGUCUCUAAGGUUGCAUGGCAUGGUCCUCGUGAUGGUAUUACUUCUUACAAAGAACGAAACCAAAUGGACUCAGCCCCCUCCCACAGUGGUCCCUCAUUCCUCAGACCUUAACCCGUCCACCUCCCCCGACUUUUCUCGCUGGUCCCUUAAUGUUACCCCUCUCUGUGUAUUUGUGCCUAGUGUUUUCUUUUCUUCCUUCUUUGCUGGAAGGACCACGACAUUCUUCCCUCCUUGGGAAAGGACUUGACUGAAGUUGAAGGUACAGUCAUAGCAGUGGGGGAUUUCUAAAUCCCCUGUCAGUUGUAUGCAUAGCUGUUCCCAUUGUCCACCCACACAAACUCUCCGUGAAACCCACCACACAGGUGGCCCUGAGAGAGGCCUUCACCUUUAAGUGUUAGAAAAACAUGACCAGAAAUCAGAUGUCAGUACCCCCGAAGCAGCUCAUGUAAU